AUGAGAAGUCAGCCCCCGGAGCAGGAAGUUGACGGCAUGCAGGCGCCAGACGACAAGACGACUACCCACGCAAGCAGCCCGCCCGACGAGCCGGCCAGAUAUAUCUCCAGAUAUAAAGAUCUAGGUCUAAACCGGCUCCCCAUCUACCCUUCGACUUCCACCUCCGCCUCCGCCUCCCCUUCACCUUCACCGACACGAGUAUUCAGACCCCUGGAUGAAGCUACGACAGUGUACCAGCGCACAUGGCUGUCCAACGAAGAGGAUCUAGACGAGCUAGAAGGCCUCAUGUCACCCCAGGUACAAACACAGAGGAGGGUAUAUACGGGGGCGUGGACACCACUCAACACCACCGCCGGAUUUGAUAUUCCUGCGCUGUGUCGGGAUCGGGAUCAGGAUAGUACACAGUAUGGAAAGGAGGAAUAUGGAAAGGAGGAGGGAGAAGAUGAAGAAAAGUACUUCGAGCAUGAUGCUUAUAUCGCGUACAUCAAUCGGUGCAAAAAGGACGGGAAGAAGAAGAAGGUGGUUCGCGAUCCGGCGCAACGCGUGGUUGCGGUGAAGCGGGGCGUCGUCGGUCAGGUGUCGCCUUCCUCGUUAACAUCCCAUGCCGACCCGAUGAAGAAGGUGAGGGUGAAAUCAAAACCCAAGCCCAAACGCACAGCGCCCAAGAAAGUCACACUUCCCCUUCUACCUCUACCUCCACCUCCACACCCAGCAAAAAAACAAGAAGACAAAGCACCAACACUCCCAAUUCCGAUCCGCAAGCCCACCCACCCACCGCACCGACGACUUUUCACCCCCUCCCAAACAGCCUACCUAAUCCUCCUCCACGUAAAACUCCUCAGCCGAGCGCAGCGCGGACAUAUCAAUAGAUUACCCGGCGCGAGGGUUGUGGCGGGGGGUAUGAAUGAUUUUUUCGCCGAGCGCGCGACUUUGGAGCGCGGGGCGGAUGGGAAGCGGGAAGACGGGAAAGUUGGAGAUGUAAUUGGGGAUAUAAGAGAUGCAGCGAGUGUAGGCCGAAAAAUGGGGAAGAAAGGGAGUAAGAUUUGGGAACUUAGGGGGGAGAUUAGGAGGCUGAUUAAGGGGAGGGGGGAGGGGGGGAAGGGGGAAAAGAAGGGGGAAGUGGGUUUGCCGAGGGUGGGGUGGGGGGAGGCUGUGCGGUUUUUGAGAGGUGAUCUGGGGGAGGGGGAUGGUGUUGAGGGGGAUGGGGAGGUGGUGGGAGAACGCGAUGUCUUGUCUGUGGAGCGGGAACUUCUUGAGCUGGCGGAUCCGGAUAUGGAAGGGGGAGGUGGAGGGGGAGCGUCUGAUGAACAAAGAGAUACUUGGGUUUGA